AUGUUUUUAACUAGAAGUGAAUAUGACCGUGGUGUGAGUACGUUUUCUCCUGAAGGUAGGUUGUUUCAAGUAGAAUAUUCUCUGGAGGCAAUUAAAUUAGGAUCAACGGCUAUUGGGAUUGCGACCAAUGAAGGUGUAGUUCUUGGAGUUGAAAAGCGUGUAACUUCACCGCUUUUGGAGAGUGAUUCGAUUGAAAAGAUCGUUGAAGUGGAUAAACACAUAGGAUGUGCCAUGAGCGGGCUUACUGCUGAUGCGCGCUCGAUGAUUGAACAUGCUAGAAUAUCGUCUGUGACACACAAUCUGUACUAUGAUGAAGAAAUCAGCGUUGAAUCACUAACGCAAUCUGUUUGUGAUUUGGCUCUUAGGUUUGGAGAGGGUGCAUCAGGGGAGGAGCGGUUAAUGUCGAGACCGUUUGGUGUCGCUUUAUUAAUAGCAGGGUACGACAAGGAGGAAGGCUACCAGCUUUAUCAUGCAGAGCCCUCUGGAACUUUCUACCGUUACAAUGCCAAGGCCAUUGGGUCUGGUUCAGAGGGUGCACAGUCCGAGCUACAAAAUGAAUGGUAUUCGUCGCUUACUUUAAAGGAGGCAGAAUUAUUAGUACUAAAGAUUUUAAAACAAGUUAUGGAGGAGAAAUUAGACGAAAAUAAUGCCCAAUUAAGCAGCGUGACAGAGGAACACGGUUUCUCUAUCUAUCCUGAAUCAAAAACAGCGGAAAUUAUUGAGCAACUAAAGGAAAGGGAAUCUCAAGAAAGUCCAGCUGAUCAAGACAUUGAAAUGUCAGGUUAA